AUGGAACAAAUAUUUAUGUUAUUGAGCUUGAAUUUGUUUAAAUUAGAGCCUGCAUCAGCAAUAACUACAGAAUCGCCAACAUCAGCUACUACAGAAUCAUCAACAACUACACCUGAAUUGCCAACAACUACAACAACAUCCAGUACAGAAUCGCCAACUACAACUACAGAAUCUCCGACAACUACAACACAAUCGCCACCAGCAACUACUUCAGAACCGCCAACAACUACAACAACUUCUACAGAAUCGCAAACAAAUACUACAGAAACGCCAACUACAACAACUACAACAGAAUCGCCGACAACUACAACAACUACUACAGAAUCGCCGACAACACCAACUACUACAGAUUCGCCAACUACAACAACUACUACAGAAUCGCCAACUACAACAACUAAUACUACAGAUUCGCCAACAACCACUACAGAAUUGUCGACAACUACAACAACUACUACAGAAUCGCCGACAACUACAACAGAAUUGUCGACAACACCAACUACUACAGAAUCGCCGACAACUACUACAGAAUUGUCGACAACUACAACAACUACUACAGAAUUGCCGACAACUACAACACUUACUACAGAAUCGCCGCCAACUACAACAACUACAACAGAAUCGCCAACAACACCAACUUCUACAGAAUCGCCGACAACUACUACAGAAUUGCCGACAACUACAACAACUACUACAGAAUCACCGACAAUAACAACAAACUCGCAAACAACACCAACUACUACAUAA